CCUGCUGGUCAGGGAAACAAACAGGUAUGCUGAGCAGUACCUGCAGAGCUGCACUCUAUCACCACAGGGCAGGGCUCGGGCGUGGAGACCCGUAGACGGGGAGAAAUGCGAGCAUUUCUUGGACUCUUCUUGGCCAUGGGUGUCAUCAAGAAGCCAACCAUCGCUUCCUACUGGAAUGAGGGGGACAAGAACUGGCUGGUGUCAACACCUUCCUUCAGGGGGAUCAUGCCGAGGAAUCGCUUCCAAGUCAUCAUGCGGUUCCUCCACUGCAACGACAUCUCUGUUGCAGUGCCCCGAGGGCAGCCAGAUCACGACCCCCUCCACAAGAUCAGGCCUGUCCUUGAUCUUGUGAAAGGAUCAUUCGCAAACUCUCAUGGGCUGACCCAGAGUGUUUACGUUGAUGAAAGGAUGGUUGGCUCCAAAGGGCGACAUCAUCUUGUACAGUAAAUGGCCAACAAGAAAGCCCACAGAGGGGGGGUGAAGUUGUGGAUCAUUGCCGAGGCGGGUACUGGCUACACCCAUCAAGUUCGUAUUUACAAGGGCCGGAACCUUGGAGGACCACC